GGCAGCCUGCAAAUCAGGUGUGGACUAUGGAUAGUGACUUUGGAAAGUGCUGAGGAUGGAAAUCAUUGAAUGAAGAUGAAAUUACUAGGCCCAGCAUUUGAAUAUAUUGGGGGCUUUCUUGGAGGUGUGUGCUAAUUUAGAUUGUCUCGUAUGCUGAUCUGUGGAUUUAUGGAGGGGCCCAGGCGCACCUUUGAGCACUGCCACGCACAACAUCCUGCCCGUUGAAGGAAGGACGCCGUUGCCCCGCCCAAACUUGGCGCUGAGCUCUUGGGCUUAACCAUUCAGAGCUCCCGUGCAUGGCUCUUGCAGCCAGAGGAGGACUUUUGCUGGCUGCUGUCCCAGCCUGAGUUGUACCGGGCUGCCAUCACUGCCCCGAAAUAUUUUACAUAUCCAGAUGGGGUAACGUGACGGCGUAGCAGGAACGCCGGCGGGUUAACUGAAUGCAGAGGCCUUUCUAAAGAGGGGAGAGCUAAGAAGGGAAGCCAGACAGCACUGAAGGAAGACUACUCCAAAUUGCACACACAGAGGAAAUUGACACUACAGAGGAAUUUUUUCUUUUUUUAAAAAAAAAAAAGUAUUACUCCGCAAUCAAGCACAGGGUUCCUUUUUCUAAUUGGAUGAUUUAGAGGAUCCAACAUACACUCUCCCAAAAGCUGGGAAUAUUUGCACAACAUUUGUGUUGGUUGGAGGAAAAAAAGAUAGUAUUUUGCCAAACUCUAGGGUCACUUUGUUUUCCUUUUGCCCCGCAAUUCUUUUUUCUUGUGGGGUUUUUUCCCCCCACCCCACCCCUCUGGCCCUCCAAGCAAUCUUAUUUUUUCCCCCCUCACCAUGGCUCGUAUGAACAGGCCCGCUCCUGUGGAGGUCUGCUACAAGAACAUGAGAUUCCUGAUAACCCAUAAUCCUACCAACGCCACACUGAACACCUUCAUUGAGGAUCUGAAGAAAUACGGUGCAACGACAGUGGUGAGAGUGUGCGAAGUCACCUAUGACAAGACUCCACUGGAAAAGGAUGGCAUUACUGUGAUGGACUGGCCAUUUGACGACGGAGCUCCACCUCCUACCAAGAUUGUGGAUGACUGGCUCAAUCUUCUCAAAACCAAGUUCUGCGAAGACCCCGGCUGCUGCGUGGCUGUCCACUGCGUGGCUGGCCUGGGACGGGCUCCUGUUCUUGUCGCACUGGCCCUGAUUGAGAGCGGGAUGAAAUACGAAGACGCUAUCCAGUUCAUUAGACAGAAACGCCGGGGAGCCAUCAACAGCAAGCAGCUCACGUAUCUGGAGAAGUACAGACCAAAGCAGCGCCUACGGUUCAAGGAUCCUCAGAACCACAAGAACAAAUGCUGCAUCAUGUAACCUCAGUAAUAGCCUCUUGCCAAAACACACCCAAGGGGAAAACACACACACACACACACACGCACACACACACAACCUUGAAAUCACCGGGUGGGGGGGUGUCUUUGGUACCACAACCUAUCCUCUUGGUCAGGUUUCUCCUUAUGUUUUGCCGAAAUCUGGGAAGAAAGGCAGCUGAGUGCCGGCCCCUUUGAUUUCAAACCAAGUCUUGUUCCUCUUCUCCCUCCCUGAACCGGGAAAGAGCUCUUUGCAAUGACAUCAAAAAAACACCCAGUACAAUCACUCCUCCGUUUCCUGUUAUUCUGCAGGGCUCAGUAAGGCCAAAUGCGGCUAGCAG